AUGAGCAAGGAGCUCGACCUCAACCUCGACUUCUACACCACGGCCCGGGACCUGCCUCACCUCGACGACCGGUUGCAUCCAAUUCCUCCCCCAUCCGGCAUCCCCUCCGCGUCCGCCAACCCUGUCUUCGAUCGUUCGAACACCCUUACGAUCAUGACAUUUACCGCGGAGCUCGUAUGGGGGUCGCGCACGACCGGCUAG